UGCCAGCACCAGUGGGGCACACGCCAUAGAGCCAAGCCAGGAGUACACCUGAUGGGGUGGGGGGACAUGGAUCCCUCCAAUGGCAGCCGGUUAGACGCUUGCUUCGGGGUGUUCAACGCCAGCAACGGGCACGACCCUGUGCAGAGCAGCAUCGCCUCACCCUGGUUCUCCACUGCCUUUGGCCUCAUCGGCCUCGGCUCCAACCUCUUUGCCCUCUGCGUCCUGCUCAGCUCCUCCCGCAAGCUCUCCAGCCAGGCCCGCUCCUCCUUCCUUGUCUUCCUCUGCGGGCUGGUGGUCACAGACUUCAUGGGGCUGCUGGUGACGGCCUCGGUCGUCAUCCCCUACCACUUCAUCAAGUUCGCCUGGGCCAGGGUGGACCCCAGCUGCCACCUCUGCAACUUCCUUGGCUUUUCCAUGGUCUUCUUCGGGCAGUGCCCGCUGCUGCUGGGGGCCACCAUGGCAGGAGAGAGGUUCUUCGGCAUCAACCGCCCCUUCUCCCGCUCCACCAGCGUCUCGAAGCGCCGCGCCUGGUCCAUUGUGGGGCUGGUGUGGAGCUUCUCCUGCCUGCUGGGGCUGCUGCCAGUGCUGGGGCUGGGCCGGUACACACUGCAGUACCCCGGCUCCUGGUGCUUCCUCACCCUCCUGCCUGACACCGGGGACAUCAUCUUCUGCCUACUCUUCGCUCUGCUGGGCAUCUUCUCUGUGCUGCUGUCCUUUGUCUUCAACACGGUGAGCAUGGUGACACUCUGCCGUGUCUACCAUGACCGGGAGUCAGUGCAGCGGCGCCGGGACAGCGAGGUGGAGAUGAUGGUGCAGCUUGUGGGCAUCAUGGUCAUCGCCACCAUCUGCUGGAUGCCCCUUCUGAUCUUCAUUGUGCAGAUGGUGCUGCAGCAGCUGCCAGCCAAGGGCCAGCUCCAGACGCUGCCCAUGGAGACACAGAAGAUGUUGCUCAUCUACAUCCGCAUGGUCACCUGGAACCAGAUCCUGGACCCCUGGGUCUACAUCCUCUUCCGCCGGGCUGUGCUGCAGCGCAUCUACCCUGGGCUGUGGCCACGGCCCUCCAUCACCUCCCUCUACCCCGUCCUCAACCUCUCCCUGCGCCGCAAGCUCACCCCCAGCUCUGUCUUGCAGUAGUGGCCCCAUGUGGGGACAGGAGAAGCAGCCUCCACCCCAGGGUAACCAACUGUCCCCAUCACCCUCACCCACAGGUGCUCAUCACCACCCAAUACCCAAAGGGGGGGCAGCGGGUGUGAGGCUGCUCCCCCGCCUUGUCCCCAUCCACAUGAGACCCCAAUAAAGCAGCUCUGUGCCCACU